AUGGGCCUUCGGGCGCGAUAUAUCGACAGUUUCAAAAUGGACAAGGACGCCAUCGAGGCAAACCCGCGCGGCCCCGCAAUCACCAACUGGGAUCUCGAGCCGGUCGACGAGGAGCGGAGCAACUGGAACUGGAAGACGUUCGCCGCAUACUGGCUGGCUGAAUCGUGGGGCGUGAGCGUAUUCUCGAUUGGCUCACAGCUGGUCGUCAGUGGUUUGCUCUGGUGGCACGCUCUGAUCGCUUGUGCCAUCGCCCACAUGAUUGGCGGUGCAUUUGCGGUGUUCAACUGUCGCUCUGGUGCCGCCUACCACAUACCCUUCCCCAUUGUCAUUCGUGCCUCUUUUGGUAUCUACGGCAGCCUCUGGCCCAUCUUUUCACGCUCUAUCCUCGACCUUGUAUGGUAUGGAAUACAGUCCGCUUUUGGCGGCACUUUCAUCGAUGUUGCUUUCAUCGCGAUAUUUGGCGAUGCCUGGAAAAAUAUUCCGAAUCACCUCCCCGCAUCUGCCAGUAUUACAACACGCGGGAUGACUGCCUUCUUCUUGAACUGGCUCCUGCAGUUUUGGACAUCCUUCUACCGCCCCAACGAGCUUAAGUGGAUGUAUUACGUCAAGGCCGUGACCAUGCCAAUGAAUCUGUUUGGUAUCUUCAUAUGGGCAAUGUACCGUUCUGGAGGACCUGGCGAAUUCCAGCUGACUGAGCUCGCCGCGUCAAACACUGCUCUCGCAUGGGCUAUCCUGGCCGCCAUCAACGCGGCGCUCAAUGGCAACUUUGGGCCCCUGGUCGCAUCAGGCCAGGACGUGACCCGCUUUGCCACUUCCCGGCGCGACGCUACUAUCGGACAGUCCAUCUCGGCACCGUGGUCCGCGACUAUUGUCGUCUGCCUAGGUCUCCUUACAGCAGCCUGUUCACGGGAGAUCUAUGGCGAGGCGUACUGGUCGCCCGCGCUGCUCCUCCAGGCCAUUAUGGCGGAGAAUUUCUCGAGCAGCACGCGCUUCGCAUGCCUGGUAUCCGCUGUUACUUUCAUCUUCGCCAACACUUGCACCAACUAUGUCUGCAAUAUCCUACCCUUUGGUAGCGAUGCUACAGCGCUUUGGCCCCGCCGUAUUAACUAUAUCCGGGCCUCCAUUAUCUGUUCUCUACUGGGCGGCUGGUUGAUGGUCCCAUGGAAGGUCUCUGUGGAUGGCGCAACCUUUCUGAACGCUGUGAUCGGAAUGGGCAUCUUCAUAGCUACGCUUAUCGGUGUCAUGCUCUCCGAUUAUUAUGUCGUCCGGAACGGCAACUACUUUAUCGACGAUCUCUACUCGGCCGAUCCGAGCAGCCGCUACUACUACACGAAAGGCUUUCACUGGCGUGCAUACGUGGCCUACAUUAUCGGUGUAGCCCUGCAGUUCCCCGGCUUCCUGGGCUCGCUCGGCGUCACGUCCUUGGCCGCGCCCCUCCAGCCAGCCAUGCAGAUCUUCACGCUCGGGUACAUCCUCGCUUUCGCAACCGCUUUCGUCGUGUACACGGCGCUGUGUCUGCUGUUCCCUGACGCGGCAAUGAAGGAGGCCAAGGCCAUGCGUUUCGAGGAGCUCCUCUCGGCGCAAGAUCAAUUAACCGCGAUGUCAAUAUAA